AUGUCGUACGACCGCUACGUUGCCAUCUGCAAACCCCUGCACUACGGGACCCUCCUGGGCAGCAGAGCUUGUGUCCACAUGGCAGCAGCUGCCUGGGCCACUGGGUUUCUCACUGCUCUGCUGCACACGGCCAAUACAUUUUCACUGCCCCUGUGCAAGGGCAAUGCCCUGGGCCAGUUCUUCUGUGAAAUCCCCCAGAUCCUCAAGCUCUCCUGCUCACACUCCUACUUCAGGGAAGCUGGGCUUCUUGUGGUUAGUAUAUUAGUAGUAUUUGGGUGUUUUGUGUUCAUUGUGGUGUCCUAUGUGCAGAUCUUCAGGGCCGUGCUGAGGAUCCCCUCUGAGCAGGGACGGCACAAAGCCUUUUCCACCUGCCUCCCUCACCUGGCCGUGGUCUCCCUGUUUGUCAGCACUGGUGUGUUUGCUGACCUGAAGCCCCCCUCUAUGUCCUCCCCAUCCCGGGACCUGGUGGUGUCAGUUCUGUACUCGGUGGUGCCUCCAGAACAACUCCAGUGGCCCAGUGAGAUUCAUCUCAGCUGCUGGGACGGCUCAUCGCAAGUGCUCCUGUCUGCUACAUCACCCUUGCCCAUGAUUCUGGAUUGUGCUUUCCAAAGUGACAGCAAAAUCAGAGAAGUCCUGAGGUCCUUGGGGAAGGAAGAUGUCAAGCCCAUCUUCAAGAAGGGCCUGAAGGAAGAUUUGAAGAACUAA